UUUGCUAACACCUAAUUCAAGUAAAUUGUGAUAAGAAACUCUCACCCGGUAAGGGAAUCAUAAAGUUUUGAACAAGUGUGAUUGUAUCAUCAAUGAAGCUAUCAUCAACACUGAAUUUGAACCCUAACAGUUUUCAAUCCAAAUUCAAAUUCACACUUUCCAUUCUCAACUCUUUUUCUUUCUCUUCUCUCUCCAACCACGGUACCACCCAAUUCAAUCGCAAUUUCAACAACAACGCCAUCGACAGAAUCCUUCUCCGCUUUCGCACUUUAUCCGAACUUUCCAAUCAUCAUCACGAUGAACCUACCCGAACCCUACCGCCACAUCAAUUUUUGCACCGACAAUGGCUUCGCUCCGAUGACGCGAUUUUUCCAUCGGAGAACAACGAAGAGAAAGUAUUCAAGAAGAAAAAGAAGAAGAACGAAGUAAUGGCACGGUGUUUGGCGGAAGAAGAACUGAAUCGAUUGCGAACAAUCGGAAUGAAUCUCAAGGAGAAAAUCAGUAUCCCUAAAUCGGGUCUCACGCGUCCUGUCCUACACAAAAUUCAUCAUCAGUGGAACAAUAGCGAGUUGGUGAAGCUCAAGUUUCAUGAGUUUCUUUCCCAGAAUAUGAAACUUGCUCAUGACAUCGUUCAGGUAUAUGCUGCAGGCUUUGUUACUGAUUGGUUCUGAUAAUUUAAGAAUAUAGUAUUUGAAGAUUGUAUCAUCUAUAUAUUUUAUUGUUAUAUUUAAAGAGCUAAAAGUUUAGAUGUAUUAUUAGCACUUUUGUUGUUAACUAUUAAGUUUUUGAGAUUAACAUGACUAAGUUUGGGUUGCAUUUUGGUUAAAUAUA